AUGGAAUCAUUUGGUAUCACCAUCAUUUCCAUUAUCGCAAUUUUGUUCUCUUUUGAAACCUUAAUCGUGUCUGCACAUACACAAUGUAUAGGAAGCUGCAAAAAGGCAACUAUCAAGGGUGAUGGUACUCAACUUUUAACGGGUUUCUGCUCAAGCCUAAUCCAAGGACAAAUUCCAUCCGUUGAGCAUAUGGUCUCCGCUCUUAUCAUUAAUCCUACCUAUGGUCAAAAAAUAGAAGCAAAUACGCCCUUUACCAUAGAGGUUAAGGUUAAAAAUUUGGAAACUGGAUUCUCUAGCGAACAAACCACUGAAUUUUAUACCAGUCCACAAGAACUUAAUGAUGAAGGAAUUAUUAAGGGCCAUUCUCAUAUUGUUAUCCAAAAAUUAAAUGAUGAAGAAGUUCCCGAUGCAACCACAUUUGCUUACUUCCAAGGAUUGAACGACGAGGCCAAUAAUGAUGUAUUGUCGACUACUGUUGAACUUGGAUUAUUUGAACCCGGUCUAUAUCGAUUGUGUACAAUGUGCUCUUCGUUUUCUCAUCAACCAGUUAUCAUGCCUAGAGAACAACGUGGUGCACAAGAUGAUUGCAUUCGAUUUGAAGUGAUUUCAGAAAUUCUUGAAGAUCUC